AUGCAUAUUAAUGCUGUAUGUAUAGCAUUUGAAACGAAGAAAGAUCUUGUUAAUCAGAGUGAAGAAGGGAGAAAGCUAUUCAGUGCUUUUGUACAAGAUAGGAUCAAGACAGGAAAGAUCAACCUCUGGGCUCCUGUAAAGAAGCGCAAUCUUCUUACCUGGAAAACGAGUGCUAAGGUCAUCAAAGUCAAAGCUAAAGACACGAUCAUCGAGUUAAAGGAGGACAGAAAUCUGUUUGCUUGUUUGGCGAUGGUGUGCAAGAGCCGCCCAGAAAUUGA